UUAUUCUUCAGAACACCCCCUCUCCCCCUGCAGUGGGACACAAAGUUUAGACAUCAGCAAACUAACUAUUCACCGCCACACAUCUACCUCUGGCUUUACUUGGUCAACUGUUAAAAGCAACAAGUGCUGCACGCUUGGGACGACAGCUUAUCUUUAUUCUUCUUCCCCCCGACACACACCUAAGAAAGAAAAUGCUAAAGACAUAUUAGCCGCUUCAGUGCACCGUGGCCCAGUGUGCCACCGCCGUUGACACCGGGCUGCGAUGAUCGUGUCCAACGUGACCGUGAGCCUGAGCGGCGGCUGCGCGGGGGUCAACAGCGCUCUGUGCGCCGGAGCCGGGGAAGGGCACCCGGGCGGCGGCUCGUACCGGACCACCCUCACCCCGACGGGGAACUUGGUCGUGGCCGUGUGCCUGGGCUUCAUCGGCACUCUGGGACUCCUGAACAACCUGCUGGUGCUCGUGCUCUUCUGCCGCUUCAAGAUGCUGCGCUCGCCCAUCAACCUGCUCCUGAUUAACAUUUCCAUCAGCGACCUGCUGGUGUGCGUACUGGGGACUCCGUUCAGCUUCGCGGCCAGUACACAGGGACGGUGGCUCAUAGGAGAAGGGGGAUGCGUCUGGUACGGCUUCGCCAACUCUCUCUUUGGUAUCGUGUCCCUCAUCUCCCUGGCUAUCCUCUCCUAUGAGCGCUACAGCACCAUGAUGGUCCCCACCGAGGCGGACUCCUCCAACUACCGGAAGAUCUCUCUGGGCAUCACCCUGUCCUGGGUCUACUCCCUCAUCUGGACCGUGCCGCCGCUCUUAGGUUGGAGCCAAUACGGCCCUGAAGGUCCCGGGACCACCUGCUCUGUUGACUGGAAGGCCAAGACAGCGAAUAACAUCUCUUACAUCAUCUGCCUGUUUGUAUUCUGCCUCAUCAUACCUUUCCUGGUGAUCGUCUUCUGCUAUGGGAAGCUGCUGUGCACCAUCAGACAAGUGAGCGGAAUCAACCCAUCGACGAGCAGGAAACGUGAGCAGCGUGUGUUAUUCAUGGUGGUGGUCAUGGUGAUAUGCUACCUCUUGUGCUGGCUGCCGUACGGCAUCAUGGCCCUGAUGGCCACUUUCGGGCCCCCGGGCCUGGUUACGCCCGAGGCGAGCAUCAUCCCCUCGGUCCUGGCUAAGACGAGCACAGUCAUCAACCCAGUCAUCUACGUCUUCAUGAAUAAACAGUUUUACAGAUGUUGCCAAGCCCUGCUGCGAUGUGAGACUCCUCGACGCGGCUCCAGCAUAAAGAGCUCCUCCAAGGUCGCCACCAAGGCCGUGAGGGGCGUAACAGUCAAUGGUCCCCGCCGCACCAACGACUUACUAUAUAUGGUAGCAUCCCUUGGACAGCCAGCCGCCACACUGCCCCAACUGGGUCCUUCCUUUGAACCCACAAACGACAUCACUAAAGCCCUUUCUUCAGAGAACAAACCUGCCGUAGUAUCACUAGUGGCCCACUUUGAUGGCUGAUGAUUGUGGACUUUUUCAUAGCUAUAGCCAACCUCGUCAGUCAGGAAGUCAUCAAUAAUGAGAGGGGUGGUGUAACCGAGGCUUAGAGAUCAGCAACCGGCCAGUCCAGGUGGAUUUGACACAUCUGUUGCAUCAGUUCUGCCCCGGCUAGUAGAGAUGAUGGACAGUUAACAGAGGGUAAUCUUAGAUUGCCUCGGGAUGGGGGUCUAUGUUUCUCUGCAGAGGAAGAAGUGCACAUAUGUCUCACCACGCAUGAGAAGUGAAGGAUGUUCUUGAUGCAAUUUUGGGGAAAAGCUCUGCCAGACUGCUUUGACAAUAGAAGAGCAAGUGGAGGAAUAAUUUAUUUUGUGCAAUAUCUAUUUUUCGGGAAGGUAUUCUGUCAUUUUAAAGUCAAAACAGAAAUGUGUUCACAGUGCAGGACAAAGGGAUAAGAUGCAUUGAUAUGUGACUUGACUGUGGUUUCAAAGUGAGAAACACAAGAUGUUUAUUACGAUUCAUUUUUUUUAACUCUUUCCUAGAAUAGACAUGAUAAAGAAAUACAUGAAAAUAAAGACAAGGCGGAGUGUUGAGAAUGUACUAGUAAAAAUUUAAACCAUCAUUUAAUUAGACUUAUUAGACUAUUAUUAUCCCCUGAAAGUUUACGCUUGAUUUAUCACUUUGAAAUGCGUAAGGAGAUCGAAUUAAGUGGAUUAAUAAGUAGUUUGUUUGUAAAUGUAGCAUUGCUAGCAGCAGUCGCAUUUUGUUCAGGGAUAGAGACUUUAAGGUCAAAGAAAUAGUUGCAUGUUGGCAGGUUGCUGUAUAGUUCUUUCAAUAAAGAUUGUAAUUGAUAUGCAAAUGAGGUCGGACAAAUGCAAUAUCUGGUAAUGUUCCGUGGUCAUCACGGAGACAAACAAGUGGUGUCAGUAAAAAUCCUGAGAAUGUGUGCCUCUAUGCCCGAAUUUCUUCAUGGUUUCCAAGUUGACAUUUUCCCAAAAAACCUGAUGGCUGGUUACAACAUAGGUCCCUAAUUGUGACUCCUCCAUGUUAGUGGUUGGGACACUGACAUCACAGUGACAUAUGUUCAAGUGCUCAUUUCAUUACAUUUAGUAUUAGUUAUAUAGUUACUUGAUGCUAUAUAUACACGGGUUGAAACAAAAUGAUUCACAACUGAUACUAACUCACAAUUGGUCGAGCAUGUGUAUCGGUGGCAGCUCCAUCCCCCAGAUUCUGGCUCCAAAUGCCCGAAAAGGCGGUGUUUGUAUGCGUAUGCAGUCUAUGUAGUUUGCAUGUGCUGAAGUUGGUUAAAUCCAAAGCGCAGUUCGUCCUUAAAAUAAUUGAGGUCACAAGCCCUUUAUUGUGACAGGGUGAUUUUCAAACAUCCUGGAAAUGAUCAGCAGUGCUUUUCUCAUGGGUACACAGCAGUGUAUUGUUGAAAGAUGUCAGCCUCUACACAUAAUAUUUAAAGUUAUUUGCUUUUACAAAAGUCACUAAUGUUUAUAACAGCCUCUGAAGUUAUUCAGAGGCAUUAUCUCAGAAAAUGCAACAGCACCCACAGCAAAAAUAAAUUUCUUUUCCCCAGGACGCAACAAUAGACUUUAUCUGAGGCAACAAAACUUGAUAUAUGGUUGUUCUGUAUAUAUUGUUUGCAAAGUGCUUGUCUGCAUCUUGUUCAAAUUUUUUGGAAACUGAUUUUACACUUUCCCAUCUUGCAGCACAAAGAUAACUGGAGUUUCUGACAGCAGUGCAUCAGUGCUGUGUUGAAUGUCUGGUGUGGUACCUUUCUCUACUGCAUACCGUCACUUUAAUUAAUUCACUUUUAGCUCACAGACUGUUUGCAGCUGUGGAGGUCUUGUAUAGAUUAUUGUACACAUGUUGAUACCAAAGCUAAAGAAAUUGUCAUAUAUUUUGAGAGUGCUGUUCAAUAAAGUUUUUUGGUCUAAA